GCUCCACUGAAUUUCUUGUUAAAAAACUUAAGUAUAUUACUGUUACUUAAAACUUAAUUGCUUCAAAUUUUAUUUUUGGGAAAAAGAAGUAUUUAUAUGCAUAUCACUUAGGUAGUCCACCAAGCCUUCAAACUGAUUUUACUUGCAUGAGCUAGGAAGUUAAGUUCUGGAUUACUCUUCUGGGUCAAACUGACCAGGUGAAGGCACGAGCAAUUUGCGUGUGCAACAGACUGUUCAUUUGAGGUUUGUAUUUCUUUGGUUUGCUACUUUUUCAAAUAGUACAGUUGUUGAGAGAUAUUAAAAACCCAAAAUACAUUUAAAUUGAGAUACUCUAUGUGAAUAGUAACAGAAGGUCACAAUAUGUUCAGAGAAUUCAAAUAUAUGGUUGUUCUCUUAUGAAUACUUCUUGAAUAGAUGGAGUUACAGAUGGCUAACCAGAUGGAAUACCUUACUUCCAAUAUAGCUAUAUGUAUUUAAAAAUGGAUGCAAUGCAAUCAUAUUAUUUAAAUCUGUUCUGUAUUUCUUUUGAAACCGUAAUGACAGUGACUAUUCAGUAACAUAGGAAUGUGACAAGAAUGUAAUUUAUUGCUGAAGAAUUGUUGGGCUUGUCUGAGAUCUUAAAAGACUCAUUCCUAAGAAAAGUGCUUAAAACAAUUCUCUCUUUUUUAGGAGAUUGUUUGAAUAUCUAUCAUAUAGGGCAUGUGAUUCAGAACUGACUGAAAAGAAAUGGUAAGAACAUUUGAGGAUGUAGCUGCCUCAGAAGCAUUCUUCUCUUGUUAACAAAACUCAGUCCCCAAUCCUGAACCAGAGACCCAGCACAUCUUGGCAGAAGCAUCCUUUUCCACUUGCUCAAUGUGUUGCCCUUUGAUUAGGUUGUUCAAUUGGGUGCUAUAAAAAUUGACAUCAACACAGCAAAAUAUUCAAAUACAGAAUGAAAGAUAGAUCAUGCUCAAGGACUGAAAAAAAUGGUACACAUUAGCACUGUAUAUGCCCAUUAUUGUGAUACAUACCCUCUCUCAUCUUAUUAACCUACCAUACUUCACUCACAUUUUCAUGCUUUACUAGUUCAGGGUCUUUUUUUCUAAUUGCCAUCCAUUCACCUGAGAAAAGUCAUCAACUAGCAAGAGUUCUUGUUUCAGGCUCCUCAUCUUCCUUAUUUUCUCACUUCUUGUCAGUCUCCAAUAUAAUUUCCAAUAUCCUGUUAGUGUUCUUACCACCUUUUUGGCAGAGUAAGGCAGAGAAAUGAGUUAUAAAAGUAAUCAGAUUGGGAAAGUUUUGGGGAAAGGAAGCAUUUACAUGCUUGCAUCAGGGCUGGAAAUUAAGUAAAUGAAAUCAUUCUAGAAAUUACUAAUUACAUAAAGCAGGACACUGAAAGCAAUAAAACACCCAAGUUCACAGAAUGGUUGGGGUUGGGAAUGAUCUCUGUGUCCAUCUGGUCCAACCCCUCAGACCCAUCUGGUCCAAGCAGGGACACCAGAGCAGGGUAUCCAGGCCCAUGUCCAGGCAGCUUCUGAAGACCUCAAAGGAGGAGACUCCACACCUGUGCUAGUGGCUCCAUCACCCACACAGCACAGAAGUGCUUGCUGGUGUUCAGGGCGAACCUCCAUAGGGAAAUUCCAGUUUGUGCCCAUUGCUUCUUGUCCUGGCACUGGUCAUCACUGAACAGAGCUUGGCUUGAUCCUCUUCGCCCUCCCAUCACGUAUUUACACUGAUGAGAUCCCCACUUCUGUCUUGUAGGCUCACUGCUCCCAACUCUCUCAGCCCUUCUUCAUAGGAACGGUGCUUCAGUCCCUUCAUCAAUUUCAUGCCCCUUUGCUGGGCUCUCUUCAGUAUUCUAAGGUGUCUCUUGUUCCAGGGAGCCCAGAACUGGACACAGCACUCCAGCGCUGAGCAGAGAGGAAGGAGCACCUCCCUCAACCUGCUGACUAUACUAAAGCAUGUCAGCAAAAUAAUGUAUUUCACUUCCCACAUUUCUCUGAGUAAAAUCAGAGGUUUUCUUUCCUUGCUUAUAUUAGACUCAAGAGUCAGUAGAUUCUUCAUGGAGGUUGGGCGUGACCUAUCUAACCACUUAUAUCUCCUACAUGCUUUGGUGAUGUCAAUAUUAACAACACCUGAUUCAACAAACUCAAAAAAAAAAUUCAGCUUUUAAAAAUCGUCUUUCCUUAUCUUGGAAGCUGAAAAUUCACACCAUUGUUGAGCAAUGAUGCCAGUCCUUUCAUGCAGGUGUGUGUACCUACCUGUCUUUCAGCUCCAGGCUCUUAGCUUCUGAACUUGCUGUGAGCCAGGAACAGGAGGGAGCGGUGGGGGGAAGGACCAGGGUGAUUCAGAAUUCUUCAACUCCUACCUCUGUGCAGCUGCAGGCUUCUGAAGAAACUCUGGACCUCCUGCUCAGUCUGGGCCAAGUUUCAAACUUUUAUAGGCUGAUACACAGCUUUGUGUUUCCAGACAUGUUGUGAUUUGUUUGUUUUGAAAUGCUUGUAGUGUAUAAAUGAAACGUAAAAUGUAAGUAAGACUUACUUAAAUAUAAGGUCCUUUGGGACGAGGAACAUCUUAGUUUUGCUUUGACUGCUAUCAUGGGGUCAUGGUGUACUAUUAGGUAACUAUGUGUUAUGAUACAAAAAGUAAAAAUUUAACAAGAGGAGUGAAUUAAUAUUAAACGAUAUGUUUUGUUCUUCUAAAUUAUAUAGAUGAUUUGAAGAAAGAGUUAUGACAAUUCACUGAAGUUUGAAUCCUUUACAGAUUUAUUGGAAUGUACCUAGACUGUUGUUUGCCAAGGGGAAAAAAAAAAACCUAGAUGUGCAGAUACAGUGUUCAUUUCCUUCAAACAAACCAAGAAUUCUUAUGAGAAAAACAGCAUAGGUUACAAAGCAGUGUUAACACACCAGAGGGAGCUGUAUACACACAGAACAGCCCAUGAGACAAGAACGCAGAAUGCCAGUUUCUUUUUGACAAUACGAUGUAUAUAAGUACAGAGAAUUUGGGUAAACUCAAGGUCAUGUUAUUUUCUUCCUUUUGUAUUUCCCCCAUCGAUUUCUUCUUACCAUUAAAAAAAUCAUUGGUUUUUUUGUUUGCUUUUGCAAUAAUUAUAAAGUUAUUUCAAAGUUUGAGACCAAGCGUUAUGAUCAAAUCAUCUAUUUUAUUGUGUUCAUUCAACAUGAUAGAAUUAGCUGUACCUACUCGGUUUUUAAUGUCCUGGAAAUGAGCCCAUCAGCCAUGCUGGUGGUACUGAGGGAAAAAUGUUCAAGAAAUAGUAAAAUACUCCAAGUCAAUGAGGACUGGGGGAAAAAAAAGUGAAAAACCGCCCUGCAAACUCAAACAUCAGAGAAAGUGGAGGAAGAGUUGCCAGAGCAGGUGUUUCCUUGCAGCCCAUGGUGGACACCACAGUGAAGAAGAGAUUCCCCUGCAGUCCAUGGAGGGGGUCACAAUGUGGGGGGCAUUUCCAUUCAGCCUGUGGAGGGUUUAGUUCCAAGGAUGAAUUUGUUUGGUUGCAAGGAUGGCAUCCCAAGAGCCAUCCUGUUAAGUCUCUGGAAUUUAGCCUUUUCCACUUCAAAUGGAAAGAAAUGGCUCUCUAGACUUUUCAAUGAUAUAACAGAGGAAAAGCUAUAUUAGAAUAAACAAAGACACCCCAUAACUGCUUUGAUAUAAAAUAUUACAAGAAUUCAGGAGGAGUCCUAAAGGAUCUUCACUUAAUCUUGCUCCUGAAGAGACUACGUAGUAAACUGAAGCCAUUGCUGGUCUCAAAGAAGUGAAAUUUAGAGGAAGACUGUUGUAUCAUUAAAUAAACUUAACACAUUCACACUAAAAAAGAAAAAAAAGGACAAAUUCAAGUUUCCAUCAAGAGUAAAGCACAGAAAAACCACUAACUAAAUACAUGGAUGUGCCAUAUUUUUUUUUUUUGUGUCAGCAACUCUCAGAUACACCAGCCUUUAUGUUCAUGAAUGUUUUAUUCAUUCUUUUAUAGGUCUUCCUGAGAGAUAACCAAUCGGAUACUGGACAAACAAACAAAAAGAGUAAUCAGACUCCACUGACCUGUUUAACCUUGAAUGUGAAGGAUGAAAAGCAGCAGCUGCUUUCAGUGGAACAGGGCUUCUGGUGGCACUUACUUCUUUCCCUUUGGAUUGUAUUUGCCUAAAGACACCCAGAUAGCAAAUUGAUGAUGUUGUGACUUAAUACACGCCAGGCUGUUCCACCACUAUUUGAAGCAGGUAUGUUAUUUGAAUCACCUUGCCUUGUUUUUCACAGCAAAACCAGACAAGUUAGGGGUGUAUGCAAAAAAAAAAAAAAAAGUUGUUAGAACCCUUGUGUAAGGUACUUGAUGCUGGAUAGUAUAAGAUUAGCACAGAAAAAGUUAACGUUAUCUGGGGUGCCAUUCUCUUAGGAGAUGUGGGAUUGUUAUUGGAAUUUUAUCUUUUAGUCAGUUAAGGAAGUAAACAACAUCUUCUUGUCUGUGUUCUAUUGGAACAAAAAUACAUAGCCUGAAAAUAGGAUUCCAACACAAUUUUAGCCAUCCGGAAUCUAGUACUAAAAUUGUAAUCGUUUUAUCUUCCUUAAUUUGUAGAGCAUAACAUUUUGUAGGAAAGUGUUAUCUCCUAGUUCUUUUUGUAUUUUAUGGGACUGCUUUAAAUAAGUAAGCAAUAACUUUGAUUAGCUAGACCUUCAAGGUGAUUCAUCACUAGAAGACUGAUUAGGCUAUUGAGUUGAAAUUUUUUAUAUAGCUGACUGGCCAUUAUUUUAUGAGAAAGCACAAAUUACAUUACUUUUUUGUUCUUCAGAAUAAAAUCCAUCAUAACUUCAAUUUUGUUUUAUGCUUUGGGGUUGCCAUGUAGAUAAUCACCAUUAUGUAAUGGAAUUUUAAAAUAAUCCUGUAUAACUGUGACUUUACAUGGUUGCCUAGCAUUGCCUCUUGCGUUAUCAGGUUCAAUGUGCUUUGCACGAUUCCUGUGUGAUCAGGAUAGAUCCCAAGAUUAGGUUAAAUAUGUUAUGGACAUAUUAUUAACAAGUAGCAUUGUAACUACUGCAGUUGAUGAAGCAGUAUCUAUAAGCUUGAACAUAAAUUCAUUAUUAGUUUUUUAAUUUAAAAAUCUAAGUUUUGUCUAUUUAGUUGAUAGCUUGUGUGUGACAGUUAAAAGGAUUUUUUUUUCAGCUGCUCACAGACCCUGAGUUGUAUUAGCUUAUUAGAAAAAGAAAAUAUCAAAGUAAAUAUGAAUAAAUUUAAGUUGCUUAGUAAAUCACACACUAUGUACCAGUAUUACUCACUUUAUUAUGUAUCUGUGUGUAUUUGCAUGGUAUUUGCUGUUCUUUUUAGUACUGAACAAAGCUAAGGAGCUUAAAAGUGUUACAUGGCUGGUUCUGAACCAAAAUGUGGCCUAGUAAAUAAUAUAUGAAUAACAGCAAGAUAGUAUUUCCAGCUCAGCAGUGAGAGGGGUGAAAGAUCAGAGUGGGUAGUCUUACCAAACAGAGCAGGUUCUUAGAAAUUCUUCUUAUAACUGGAGUUAUAGCUCACUUUUAGACUUUUUCUGUGAUCACCUGUCAACAUUUAGAGAAAGGCGCAACAUUCAAAGAAAUGAAGAGGUUGCAUUGAAAAUUUUGUUGUAGCAAGUCUGCCAACAAAGAGAUGCAGCUUUCUCUUUAUGAACUAUAGUUGUUUACAUCUGGUCUUUUAAAUUAUGUUGUAUAUGAGUUUCUUCAUGUCAUUACCUAGCGUUAUCUGGGUUUGCUUUGAGACAUUUGGUUCCUCAAAUCCAGAGGAUGAAUUGUGAAUGGCAAGUAGGUAGCAGAGGCUAUUCGGUGCAGAAACAUUUGUUUGUCUGCUUUACCUUUGAGACUCCUGAAGGAGUGAAUGAUAGAUCUGAAGGGGACUAAAUCUGUUGGCCUGUGCUUAGCCUUUACUUGCACUAUACAUUAAGGUUACCAUGGUAGAUGUAUAACAAGCUCAUGAAUUCUGACCAAAUUCUUGUAUUGUAAACCAUGCUUCAAAAUGGGUAGGAUUCUGAUUGACUUCAGUAUUUCUCAUACAUAAGAUUGCAAUAAACAAAACAAUAUACUCUAUAAAACUGAGAUCGCUCUCCUGCUUGCCUAGAUCCAGAUUCAUUUCACAUAUCCUCAGGCACAGAAGUUGGCACUGCAGUCAUCCUGAGCACCCUGUAGAGGUAUUCCCGUCUUAUGUAUGGGAAAUACUUUGAAAUAUCUUAAGGAAUGGAGAGCAAUUUAAAGGAAAUUUUAUUUUAGUUUUACUACCUUGUAAAUCAUAUAAAUUAUUUUAACUUUUUCUUAGAAAUAUUAUCCACAUAUACUUGCAGUCCCUGCUAUUUUAAAUUCUGUUCUUUGUUAGCAGCUUUGGUAGUACACUGCUAAUAUGGCUGAACAAAGGCAACGUUCUUUGUCAACAUCAGGGGAAGCAUUGUAUGGAAUCCUGGCCCUAGAGAAGGGAGCAACACAUGAUGAGAUUAAGAAGUCCUACAGAAAACUGGCUCUGAAAUAUCAUCCCGACAAGAACCCUGACAACCCAGAGGCUGCCGAAAAAUUUAAAGAGAUUAACAAUGCUCAUGCAACACUGACUGAUCUAUCCAAGCGAAACAUAUAUGACAAGUAUGGAUCCUUGGGGCUCUAUGUGGCAGAACAGUUUGGGGAGGAAAAUGUUAACACGUACUUCAUGCUCUCUAGCUGGUGGGCAAAGGGUCUGUUCGCAGUCUGCGGCCUCCUGACAGGCUGCUACCUCUGCUGCUGCCUCUGCUGCUGCUUCAACUGCUGCUGUGGAAAGUGCAAACCGAAAGCACCCGAAGGGGAAGAGCAGGAGUUCUGUGUGUCUCCAGAAGACUUGGAAGAACAAAUUAAGAACGACAUGGAAAGAGAUGGAGAAACUCCUAUUGUGCUUCAGCCGACAAACGCAACUGAAAAGACACAGCUCAUAGGGGACAGCCAUCGGAGCUACUGCACAGACUCCUAGAGUGGGCAUACACGGCCUGGUGGUGCUUCCCAGCAAGUGUCACAGCAAGGAAAAACGUGUGACAAGCUCUUCAGCCUGUAUCUGUAACUGCCUUUAAGCUAAUAAGGGGUAACCUCAGAGUAAUUUCCCGUCAAGGCAGAAUCUCCCUCUAGGCCACUUCAAGUAGUUUCAGAUCUACCCUCUGCAAGGAGAUGCCUACAGACAGUGCAGAGCUCUCAGUGGUUCAGACUGCCUUCUUCACAUGGUCUUCCCCCUACAACACUCUCCUUGGUGCAGCUGCUCUUCUCCCUGGCCCUCAGCUGGGGUUUCACCUCCCAGAUGUGGUCCCAAGCCCUCUCCAGACACACCAGCUCCAUCCCUCUGUGCCCUGGGGAAGAUUACCCUCAAAGGAAAAUCAGUGGCAAGGCAGGUAUGGCUUCUCAAAUUGGAAGCACUCUCUGGUAAGCAGGCAGUGCCUUACUGAUGCCCAAUUCUGGCAGCUGGAAAUCUGAGCCAGGUUGAUGUGCUCCAGGGUCAUUCAGGUAGUGGCAACAGGACAGAUGACUCAAAAUCCAGGAGCAUCAACCAGCAUGAUACGCAUGUAGGCUCUGUGUCCUCCUGCACAUAUGCAGAUCAUGCCUGCACAAGCUGCAAACACCCUGGGGAGAGGGUUGCUGGCCCUGGGCUCUCCUAUCCCCACUGCCACCACGAAGCCCUCCCAUUCUUGCAUGGAUGGGUCUGCUGCUCAUGCCAGGCAGCCUCAGCUUUUCCAUUCGCAGCUGCAAUGUGCUGGAAGUUGAUCCUCAGCCAACAGCUUUUUGCUGCCUUGCUCACUGCAUGGUGCCCCUGGCCACUGUCCACACCACCCUGGUGGCACUGGGAUGGCAUCCAUGCCACGUGCACUGCCUUGUGGAACAGCGAGGACUUGGCAGGGCAGGAGGUGGCAGAAGAGCAAGCAUCCUCCUCGCAGUCUUUGUCCUUAGGUGAGCCUAGGUCCUCCUCUCUGCCACAGCAGAGGGGCUUUCUUUAAAGAAGUAGGGAUGAGAAGCAUGCUGACAAUGAUAACCUUGAGUACACAAAACACUCAGUUUUGAGCAAAAAUGUGAUGCCUGUGCAUUUCUGAAAAAUGAAUCAGGUGUAUACCGCUGUGCAAAUUAGUGGAGUUACGUGUGGGUACAGCUAAAGCAAGCAUAGAGAAAUGAGACCCCUAAUUUGAAAGAGCUAAAGAAGACACUCUGAGAUCUUAAACUUAGAACUUCACUCAUUUAACACAGUAGUUUAAGGCUUAGACAGAUGAAUUUCACUUUAUUGAUCACGUUACAUCAAUCACUGUCAGUUCUCUACAUUUGCUAUUUUUGUUCCUCUAAUCACAGUGCUGUGGCCCAAAGGGGGGAAGUAAUGUACCACUAAAUAUAGAGACCAGUGAACGUAUAGCUAGUCAAAAAUCUUAUUCCCUUCUUUAAAAUUGGAUUCUGUGGUUGUGAAACAUUAUUGUCUUUCUUCUAUUCUCACCUUUCACAUCAAAUGUCAUUUAGUGGCAGCUAAAUAUAUGAGAAAAGAGUGUGUUUCAUAGCACUUGCAAUCACUCCAAGUCAAGAAGUACUCCUUUCAACAUUUCUUUAAAAUUCCCACAAUGCAUGGAUAUCUAAAAAUCUAUUAACUCUAGUUCAGACUAUAUGUCUGUUCUCCAGGUGCGGGCACUGGAGCCAGCUGACGCUCACAUUGUCCUCAAGGAAACCUUCUAUCUGUGAAGUCCCUCAUCCUGCUCCCAUGGAAGCACCCUUGGUUUCACCAACAGCCACAGACUGAUGCCAGGGAAAGAGAGGUAAAUCCCCUCUUAGUAAAAGCAUUUUGGCAAUUUUAUUCGCACACAACACCCUUGAUGGCCCUCAGGACUCCAGUGUUUGUGCCAGGUCCCAAGUUUAAUGAAAUCAAGGAAAUGACUGGGAGAAGUCCCAUAAGUCAUGUGGAUCUCAUUUACUCUUUCUAAAUAAGAGAUUUUGCUUGGGAAAGAUUUAUGACUCGAUCUUGCAGAGCAAUGCAAAUACAAGCGAGCUGCUGCACGUUUACAAAGCCCUUUUACUGACAUGAGGAUCUGAACAGAAAAACCACAAAAUGUAUUAUCUCAGACAGCCAAAAACCCCAAACAAACCAUUGGCCAAGACUCUGAGUGGGUUCCUCAGGAUUUAUAGCUUGAAAACCGGAACCCACAGUUUGGCAUUCAAAAAGGCAAGGUGGUUUUCAGGGUACCAGAGCAUCUGCCACUCUCCCUGCUGUCAGGAUCGGCUGUUUUGAGGACAUGUGGAGAAAGGAUGAAUAAGGAUUCCAGGAUUCGGCUGUUCCAUGUGGGUUCACUUGUUUGUUUUGCUUUUCAAAAAAGCUGCUAAAGGGAACACAGCUGUGCUUACAUGAUCUGUUUCUAUGUAGAGUUCAGUCGCACACCCAUUAACUUUCUCUAAAGGUACAGUUCCUCAGUUUUUUGUUCGAUUGCGCUGCAUUUCUUCAGAUGUAAAGUACGGUGUAUUCCAACCUACCUUUCCUGUCAAAGCUUCUGACUAAUAAAGCUUGCACGUAGGAAUUGCAGCACUCCCUUUACUUUUCCAAACCAUCAACAACUUCACUGCAGUAACAGAUGAAGCACCCUUUGAGAUAGCUGUCCAAAAGGAAGGCCUUGCAACCUGACAAGCAGCUGCUCAGGAUUUCCCUGAAAAGGAACUGGGUCUUGGAUUGCAGCAGAUCUAUGCAAAACAGCCAGGGGUGUAGCCACAUACUGCAAAAGCGUCCUUUACACAAUGCAGGAUGCUUGUCUAAAAGUUCAGCAGGGGGUUAAAGUGAUGCAACGCAACAGUUUUGCUGGCAUAAGGGCCCACAUGGAAAGAUUUCCACCAGUACAGGGUCUAUGCUGAUGCUGGAGACUGUGGCAGAGCUCCUGUAUCUCUCUGGGGCUGGGAGCUCACUGGGGGAUUCUGUAUCUGUCCAAGACCCAGCACAGAGUGACAAAUAACCUGGGCCUGCUACAGGACAGGAGAGCUUCCUGCUAGGAUAGUAUCCAGCCUCUGUGACCAACAGAAGCUCAAGCGUUUGAAAAAUAGAUGAGGAGCAGCAGCUUUGUCUGGAGGUAUUCUCUAAGAUCUGUCCUUUUGAGUGCUUGAGUAUUAACACAUACCCAGACUCAUUCAAAAUGCAGAAUGAGAGAAAUCUUAGUGGGUUUAGGACUAACAUCAACAAAAUGUAAUGGAAUAUUGGCAGGAAGGUUAAACCUCUCCUGCCUUACCACCAACAUCCACCUCUAACAUUGUGGGCCAUUACUUUCGGAGCAGCCCUUGUACAAUAAAACCACUCUGCUUAAUCCAAGUCACAUCAAACGUUACUGCAUGCCAUUUCAUUUCAUCACUUUCCUUCCCUAAGGAUUAAUACCUAAAAUAAGGGGAUGGUUUCAGUUGUUUUUUUUUUUAAUGGCAUUUUUGCUUUUUUUUUUUUUUUUUAAUAAAAUCAUUAAAAAUUAUACGGAGAGGUGCAGAACUUGGGAACUGCUGCCUCUGGUCUGGCCCCACAUGCAACCACACAAGGGGCUGUAUGCAGGACAUGUCCAGAGAAGGACACUGAAGCUGUGGAGGGUCUGCGGCACAAGUCUUAAGGGGAGUGGCUGAGGGAGCUGGGACUGUUCAGUCUAGAGAAGAGGUAGCUCACGGGAGACCUUAUCGCUCUCUGCAACUGCCUGAAAGGAGAUUGUGGGGAGAUGGGGGUUGACCUCUUCUCC